CAUUUGAAUUGCAUUGAAUGAUGGUGGCAAUGUACUGUAUUGUGAUUUUUUUUAUGUUCAAAUUGUUAAUUAAAAUAUAAACCUCUCUUCUAAUAUAGGGAGCUAAUAUUCUUCUUACUGAUCGAGGAGAUGUAAAAUUGGCUGAUUUUGGGGUUGCGGCUGAGAUCAGUGCCUCUGUUGCCAAGAGAAAGUCCUUCAUAGGAACUCCCUACUGGAUGGCCCCUGAGGUGGCAGCAGUGGAAAAGAAGGGCGGAUACAACCAUCUGUGUGAUAUCUGGGCAGUGGGCAUCACCGCCAUUGAGCUGGCAGAGCUACAGCCACCAAUGUUUGACCUUCAUCCCAUGCGUGCUCUGAUGCUGAUGUCUAAGAGCAGCUUCCAGCCUCCCAAACUAAAAGACAAGAGCAAAUGGCCUGCAGGGUUUCAUAGCUUUGUGAAGAUGUGUUUAAUCAAAAGUCCUCGCAAGAGGCCGACAGCAGAAACUCUUCUCCAGCACCCCUUUGUAACACAGUUACUCACCAGAAAACUGAUGAUUGAGCUGCUGGACAUGGCAAGUAACCCGGACCAACAUCAUCCACUGAGUCCUGAAGAGAAUGAAGAGGCAAGUUAUACAGCCCCAGAUACAAUCCCGUCCAAAGGGAAACAUAUGCGGGUGGAAAGAAGUUUAUCAGAAGAACGAUUUGACCAGGUUAAAUUUACCCCUCCCAGGAGAAAAGAGACCGAACCCUAUCCUGACUUGGGAUCGUGUGAUGAUUGGAGCAUAUCUGGAGAUGAACCAGAGUCACCGGGUCUUUUUGAAAGAGUGGAGGAGGAGUUACAGCAUAGAAGCUUGACAGUAAAAAGACACUCAUAUUUUGAGUGGAGUAAGAGGAAAAGUGGGCUGUUCAGCCCACCACCUGUCUCUUCAACAACAUCACUUCCUCCCAUGAGCUCUUUAGACUUAAAUCUGGAUGACAAGGACCUUACGCUUCGACCCAGUGCUACUCUAUGCCCUGAUACUGUAUUAAAUCCAAAAUCAGCGUUGUUGAGGUGUUCAGGCAGUCAGGAUGUGCGGCACUGGUACAGUGACCCUUAUGUUCCUGAUGGUAAUGACACACAGGACAAACAGAGGACUCUUACAAGGACUUUGAGCAGAGACACGGCUAUUUCUCCAGAGUGGAGCACCAUGAGGAAGAAAACAGAGGACUCAAGAGCAGAUUCUCACGGACUUCCUCCCACUCCCCAAGUCUAUAUGGGGGCCUGUUUUACUAAAGUCUUUAAUGGAUGUCCACUGAAAAUUCAUUGUGCAGAGACAUGGGUUUUGCCCAAAACAAGAGAUCAAUAUUUAAUUCUGGGUGCAGAGGAGGGUGUUUAUAUCCUUAACUUAAAUGAACUGCAUGAAGACACUUUAGAAAAGUUGCUUCCACAGAGAUGUACUUGGCUUUACGUCAUGAACAAUGUCUUAAUGUCCAUCUCUGGUAAAUCGUCUCAUCUCUACUCUCAUAGACUGACAGCUCUGUUUGAACAGCGAGGGCAUUUACAGAGGAAACAGGGUCACAUGUCCCUCGGCACCAACCGCUUCACAGAACGGAUCAUCCACAGGAAGUUUGCUGUGUCAGUGAAGAUUGCAGACACUAAGGGCAGUCGCAAGUGUAGCGUGGCUCGUAACCCAUACACAGACAGCACGUUCUUGUGUGCUGCAGUUCCCUCUGGUCUUGUACUACUGUUGUGGUAUGAACCGCUGCAGAAGUUCAUGCACCUCAAGCACAUUGCCGUGCCCCUACCGGACCCAUUGCCCAUCUUUGAGCUGCUGGUGUUAAUGACAGAUGAGCUUCCUCAGCUCUGUGUGGGUGUCCAGGAAAGCCUCCAACAGCAAAACGAUCGACAGCUAAAGUUUGACAUCAUCCAUCUGAACGGCACGCCAAACCCUCAGCAAGACAGUGAGACAAUAAGAGCUGUCCAAGUGACACAGCUGGACAGAGACACAGUGUUAAUUGCGCUGGAAAAAACAGUGAAAAUUGUCAAUAUGCAGGGGGUCCCCAGCAAGGAGUUAGCAUCCGAACUGGAGUUUGACUUCCCUAUUGAAACUUUAGUUUGUUUAGAAGAAAGUGUUAUAGCUUUCUGGAAACAUGGGCUUAAAGGACUUAAUCUUCACAACUGUGAGAUAACACAGGAAAUCACAGACACAAGCCGUCAGUUCAAAGUUUUAGGCACGCACAGAGACAUUGUUUUGCAAAGCACCCCAACUGAAAACCCUUCAGCCACUAGCAAUUUAUAUAUUUUAACAGGUCAUGAAAGCAGUUACUGAGGAAAGCCAGUGGUCGGAAACUGUAAAUAACAUGCAUGAUAACAUUAUGAGCAUUUGAGAGCCAGAAUGCAUGACAUCUUUUAAUACAGAGAC